AUGUGGGCUCAACUCCUUCUAGGAAUGUUGGCCCUAUUGCCAGCCACUGCAGAAGAACUACUCCCAAACUACCUGGUGACCUUACCAGCCCUGCUUAACUUCCCCUCCACUCAGAAGGUGUGUUUGGAUCUGAGCCCCGGGUACUAUGGUGUAAAAUUCACUAUUACGCUGGAGACCAAGGGCAAGACCCAGAAGUUGCUAGAACAGUCUGGAUUGAAGAAGAGGCACUUACAUUGCAUCUCCUUUCUAGUACCACCUCCUGCUGGUGGCACAGAAGAAGUGGCCACAGUUCGGGUGUCAGGUGUUGGAAAGAACCUCAGCUUUGAGGAGAAGAAAAAGGUUCUAAUUCAGAGGCAGGGGAGUGGCACCUUUGUACAGACUGACAAACCCGUCUACACCCAAGGGCAGCGAGUGUAUUUCCGCGUCGUCACCAUGAACAGCAACUUUGUCCCAGUGAAUGACAAGUACUCCCUGCUGGAACUACAGGAUCCAAAUAGCAACAGGAUUGCACAGUGGCUGGACGUGACGCCCACGCAAGGCAUUGUAGACCUGUCCUUCCAACUGGCACCAGAGGCAACGCUGGGCACCUACACCGUGGCAGUGGCAGUGGCUGAGGGCAAGACCUUUGGCACCUUCAGUGUGGAGGAAUACGUGCUGCCUAAGUUUAAGGUGGAAGUGGUGGAACCCAAGCAGUUGUCAACGGUGCAGGAAUCUUUCUUAGUAAAAAUCUGUUGCAGGUUCACCUACGGAAAACCCGUGCUAGGGGCAGUGCAGGUGUCGGCCUGUCAGAAGGCGUAUACUUACUGGUAUGGAGAGGUGGGACGGGAACCCGACAAAUGCAAGCACCUCUCUGGACAGACUGACAAAACAGGGUGCUUCUCAGCAUCUGUGGACAUGGCCACCUUCAACCUCACUGGAUAUGUGUACAGCUACAACGUCAAUAUUGUGGCUACUGUGGUGGAGAAAGGGACAGGAGUGGAGGCCAAUACCACUCAAGAUAUUAACAUUUCUUCACAAAUGGGAUCAAUGACCUUUGAGGAUACCAAUAAUUUUUAUUACCCCAAUUUCCCCUUCAGUGGGAAGGUAAGAGUUAGGGGCCAUGAUGGCUCUCUCCUGAAGAACCAUCCAGUGUUUCUGGUGAUUUCCGGCGUAAAUGGAACCAUCAACCAAACCCUCAUUACGGACAACAAUGGCCUUGCUCCCUUCGAGCUGGAUACGUCGGACUGGAAUGGGACACAGGUUUCUCUGCAGGGCAAGUUCCAAAUGGAAGAUUUAGUAUACAAUCCAGAACAAGUGCCUCAUUACUACCAAAAUGCCUACCUGUACCUGGAACCCUUCUACAACACAACCCGCAGCUUCGUCGGCAUCCGUCAGCCAAAUGGCCUCUUGAAAUGUGGCCAGCCCCAGAAAGUGCUGGUGGAUUAUUACAUUGAUCCAGCUGAUGCUAGCCCCGACCAAGAAAUCACCUUCUCCUACUAUUUAAUAGGGAAAGGGAGUUUGCAGAUGGAGGGGCAGAAACAUCUGAACUCUAAGAAGGAAGGACUGAAAGGCUCCUUCUCUCUCUCCCUGACCUUCACCUCCAGACUAGCUCCUGAUCCCUCCCUGCUGAUCUAUGCCAUUUUUUCCAGUGGAGGUGUUAUAGCUGACAGAAUUCAGUUCUCAGUGGAGAUGUGCUUUGACAAUCAGGUUUCCCUUGGCUUCUCACCUUCCCGGCAGCUUCCAGGGGCAGAUGUGGAGCUGCAGCUGCGGGCAGCUCCUAGGUCCCUGUGUGCAGUCCGGGCCGUGGAUGAAAGUGUCCUACUCCUGGGGCCAGAGACAGAGCUGAGCAACAGCUCUGUCUACGGGAUGUUUCCAUUCUGGUAUGGUCAGUACCCCUAUCAAGUGGCUGAAUAUGACGAGUGUCCGGGGUCCGGUCCAUGGGACUUUCCGCAGCCCCUCAUUGACCCUGUGCCCGAGGGGCGCUGGAGCAGGCGCUCUGUCGUCUGGAGGCCCUGGCUGUCUGAGGGCACAGACCUUUUCAGUUUUUUCCAGCACACGGGCCUGAAAAUACUGUCCAAUGCCAAAAUCAAGAAGCCUGUAGAUUGCAGCCACCCAUCUCCGAAAUACGGCACGGCGAUGGCUGGAGGUAAGCCACCUCCUGAGGCCUUUGGGUCAUCAUCCGGCGAACCCCUCAGGGGGUCACUUCCGUCAGAGGGUUCUCGGGUCCGCCAGUACUUCCCGGAGACCUGGCUCUGGGAUCUGUUUCCUAUCGGUGACUCGGGGAAGGAAGUGGUCCACGUCACGGUUCCCGACGCCAUCACCGAGUGGAAGGCCAUGACCUUUUGCACCUCCCAGGCCAGAGGCUUCGGUCUUUCACCCACUGUCGGACUGACUGCUUUCCAGCCGUUCUUUGUUGAACUGACUCUCCCUUACUCCGUCUUUCGUGGGGAAUCCUUCCGUCUUACUGCCACCGUCUUCAAUUAUCUAAAGGACUGCAUCAGGGUUCAGACUAACCUGGCUGCGUCCAACGAGUACCAGGUGGAUUCACGGGCAGACUCUGGGGCCUCCCGUUGUCUCUGUGCGGAUGAAGCAGAAACCUAUCACUGGAACAUCACAGCCAUCACACUGGGCCGUGUUAACUUUACCAUCAGCACUAAGAUUCUGGACAGCAAUGAACUCUGUGGGGGCCGCAAGGGGUUUGUUCCCAAAAAGGGCCAGAGUGACACGCUCAUCAAAUCAGUUCUUGUCAAGCCUGAGGGGGUCCUCGUGGAGAAGACACACAGCUCACUGCUGUGCCCAAAAGGAAAGGUGGCUUCAGAAUCCGUCUCCUUGGAGCUCCCUGUGGAUGUCGUUCCUGACUCGGCCAAGGCUUAUGUUACUGUUCUGGGAGACAUCAUGGGCACAGCCCUGCAGAACCUGGACAGUCUGGUGCAGAUGCCCAGUGGCUGUGGGGAGCAGAACAUGGUCCUUUUUGCUCCCAUCAUCUAUGUCUUGCAGUACCUGGAGAAGGCCGGGCUGCUGACUGAGGACAUCAGGUCUCGGGCAGUGGGUUUCCUGGAGAUAGGGUACCAGAAGGAGUUGAUGUACAAACACAGCAAUGGUUCCUACAGUGCCUUUGGGGAGAGAGACGGAAAUGGAAACACAUGGCUGACAGCCUUUGUCACAAAAUGCUUUGGCCAAGCUCAGCAAUUCAUCUUCAUUGAUGACAAGAACAUCCAGGAUGCGCUCAAGUGGAUGGCGGGAAACCAGCUCCCCAGCGGCUGCUAUGCCAACGUGGGCCAGCUCAUUCACACAGCUAUGAAGGGGGGUGUUGAUGACGAGAUCUCCUUGACCGCGUACAUCACAGCUGCGUUGCUGGAGAUGGGCAAGACCACAGGCGACCCAAUGGUGAGUCAGGGUCUGCAGUGUCUCAAGAGUUCUGUCACCUCCACCGCCAACCUCUACACACAGGCUCUGUUGGCUUAUACUUUCUCCCUGGCUGGAGAAACGGACACCAGAAACAGUCUGCUGAAAACGUUAGAUCAACAGGCUGUCAUCUCAGGAGACUCCGUUCACUGGAGCCAGAAACCUACUCGCUCACCGGAUGCCGGUCCUUGGGCUGAGCCUGAGGCUGUAGAUGUGGAACUCACAGCUUAUGUAUUGUUGGCACAGCUUAUCAAGCCCAGCCUGACUCAAAAGGACAUAGCCAAGGCCACUAGCAUAGUGGCCUGGUUGGCCAAGCAACGCAAUGCGUAUGGGGGCUUCUCUUCCACUCAGGAUACUGUAGUUGCUCUCCAAGCUCUUGCCAAAUAUGCCACGACUGCCUAUGUGCCAUCUGAGGAAGUCAACCUGGCUGUAAAAUCCACUGAGAAUUUCCAGCGCACUUUCAACGUACAGUCCGCCAACAGACUGGUAUUGCAGCAGGAGGCUCUGCCCAGCAUCCCUGGAACGUACAACCUGGAGGCCUCAGGCCAGGGCUGUGUCUAUGUGCAGACGGUGCUGAGGUAUAAUAUCCUCCCUCCUAAAAUUAUGGAGACCUUUAGUCUUAGUGUGGAAACGGGAAGAGCUAGAUGUGAGCAACCUACUCUACCUCGAUCCUUGCCACUCACUAUCCACACCAGUUAUGUGGGGAGUCGCAGCUCUUCCAAUAUGGCUAUUGUGGAGGUGAAGAUGCUAUCUGGGUUCAGUCCCGUGGAAGGCACCAAUCAGUUACUUCUCCAGCAACCACUGGUGAAGAAGGUUGAAUCUGGAACUGACACAGUUAACAUUUACCUGGAUGAGCUCAGUAAGGAGACUCAGACCUAUACCUUCACCGUCAGCCAGAGUGUGCUGGUCACCAACCUGAAACCAGCAACCAUCAGAGUCUACGACUAUUACCUACUAGACGAACAGGCCACAAUUCAGUAUUCUGAUCCCUGUGAAGGAAGAUAGAUGCUGGAAAGAGACUAAUCCUCCAUGGCAUUGCUGGAGGGUAGAACAUUCUUCUGUCUCUUGAAGCAGAACUCAUUCAAUCAAAAAAUUUGAUUUCUCUGACUAGUAGAUGGGUAGUAGAUGCACAAGCCUGAACCUGAGCUGCUUUCUACUGUCACAAGGAGAUGGAGCA